CUGUUUUUAGAAGUUAUGAGUAAGCUCAAUGGCCCGAUCCGCUGAGCGGGAGGAAUUACCGGAAAAGGCAAAUCCGGCGAUCGGCUGCCACCGGAACUCCCGCCUCCCUCCCGCCUCCAAUUGGCAUCUAAAACGGGGUUGCCGCCUACGCCGUCCUAUCAGGAACCAGUCUUUUUCGGGCAGUAGACAGAGUGGCCCCGUCACUGCCCUUGUGACGCGGAAGCUCCAUGGAGCCGUCCGGAAGGAGAAGACGUCGACGCGAGGAGUGGGGUGGCCUUCUUCCGGAGAUCCUCUGGCGGCCUUCUCGGCGAGGAAACUGGCGACGGCGGUGUGGCAUUUACCGGCGGUGGGAUUUAUAGGGAGCGAGAGACAAGGUAGAGUCGCUCGGCUAGGGUUGGAGCCAAACGCAACGCACCUCCAAUGUCCAAAUGUUUGCGAUCAUGAUGGAAGAAUCCUCCACAAUAGCAAGGGUAAUGAACUUGGUAGUCUUAUUUCCCCUUGCAGCUUGAAUACUAGUACACAAAAGGCAACAAAAUGGGAGUCUCGGUCCUUAAAGUCUUUGGAUGAGAUGUGUUAUCCUAUUAAUCACACCAAGCUUCACAAAUAUCAGCUUUACAAUGCUUCUGUUAUUCCUGUUCUCCAGGCAAAGUUAGUGCAAGCUCAUUCUCUCAUUAAUGAACUUAGAAAUGGGAGAGAGCUUGCGAACAAGAAGCUCAUUCAUUUCCUUAGAAAGCUUUUGGAGGAAAAAGCUUUAUGGCAGAGAGGAGAGCAUGAGAAAGUUCAAAAUAUUUUGAACACCAUGAAGGAUGAUCUAAACAGAGAGAGGAAAAGCCGAAAGAGGGCUGAGGCGGUGCAUUCCAAGCUGGUAAAUGAGUUUGCUCAGGUCAAACUAUCAGCAAAGCAGUAUAUGCAAGACUAUGAGAAGGAGAGGAAGGCACGUGAGUUUGUUGAGCAUGCAUGCAAUGAGUUUGCAAAGGAAAUUGGAGACGACAAAGCUGAAGUACUAACUUUGAAAAGAAAAUCAGUGAAGGUCCAAGAGGAAUUAGAUGCUGACAGAAAAAUGUUACAUCUUGCAGAGCUUUGGCGUGAAGAAAGAGUUCAGAUGAAGCUGAUGGAUGCAAACUUGAUGCUUAAGGAGAAAUAUGCAGACUUGAUGAGGCUUCAAGAAGAUUUAGAUGUUUUUAUUAUAACACAUUCCACAACUAAUAUGAGAGUCUCAGUACUGAAAGAAGCUGUUAUGCUUAGAGAAUCUGUCAAUUCUGUGAAACUUGAGGGCAUUCAGUUUUAUUACCAGCCUCCUGCUUCAGGGGACAUUUUCUCCAUCUUCAAUGAACUCCAACCAAGAGAAGAAGCUAAUCAAAAGGAGAUUGAUCAAUACCAUGAAUAUGCCUGUGAAAGUCAUCCCUCAAAUAUCCAGGCAGUGGGCCCUGAGACUGAUAUCUUUCUGGAAAAUCCCAUCAAUGCAUAUGCAAAUGGGUUAGUUGACAAAUAUGAGGAUAUACAAUAUGACAAUGGUGUGGUGAACAUGAGCCACAUAGAGGGCUGUGGUUCAUGCAACUAUCUGGAAGGAAAUGAUCCAUCUGUCAACAGCUUCGAUGAAAAAAACCAUCCAUCGGUCAGCAUAACUGAUUGGCAUGUGCAGAGACAAAAUUGUAAUGUAGAUAGCGAAACUUGUGAAAUAUGUUCAAUCGCACCUAGACAAUCUAAGAAAAAAGCACCUUAUAUAGGCAAGUUUUGGAGGUCCUCUCGCAAUAAGAAGAACGUUUUGGUAGAAUUGCCAAAUGGUAAGGUUAAUGGUAGGAAUGUCAAUGUCACUGUAUCUCCAGGAGUGAAUUCAGACGAAGUGGGUUCAACCACACUUAAUUUAGGGGCGUCUGUUGUUAUAAAUCCUCAUGUCAGCAGAGGAAUAAAAGGAUGUGUUGAAUGGCGGAGGGGUACAAAGGCAAACAAUUUGAAGACUAAGCUUCUGGAGGCGAGAAUGGAGAACCAGAUGGCUCAGCAGCUGUGCCAUGCUAGUAAAAACAAAUCUUAGUAGUACGAAUACUUGAUAUUUCUUUACCCAAUUAGUAUGCUAUAGAACGAAAGCUAGCUGAUUUUUGGCUUAAAGGUAGCAGUGUUGACCAGUUCCAACCAUGAUCGUGUGUAUAGUAAUUGUAUGACUACUGGCACACCAGGCAGAUGUCAGCUGGCUUGCUGAUGGUUUGAGGGAACUAUUGUUGAGUUGGUUCAUUUUCUGCAUCGUUGUCCAAACACUGUUGUUGGAACACAGAUGGUUUAAUGCUUACGCUGAUGGUACUGAAAAAUAUAUAUCUUGAUUCCUCCUUCAGGCAUUAGUAAGAAUCCAAAGCAUAGAGCGAAGAACUCUUUGUGCAUUUCUUUAUAAAGAAGGGACUACUGUGUUGUCCUCAGAAAAAUAGCAGGUAAGAGGGAGACGACCCUUCGGUAUCUCUGGUUCAUGGAUCUACUUGAGCCUUUUUGGGUUAGUAGCUCGGAGCCCAUCACAGAGCUAGGUACAUCAAAACUGAAGCACUGGAAUGCUUCAUGAAUGUCCAAGAUUAUUACUAACCAACAAAAAAAUUUCAUGAUUGGUCUCCUUCCUGCAAAACAAGGUAAAACAAUUUUGGUUUGCAUGGUUGCAAUUAUUGCAUCAGUUGAGUGCUGUCGAGAACUGCAAUUACAUUGCAUGUCUUCCCUGUCCCCACUGUUCAUCACUGUACUUAAUAACUAAACAUAUAUAUGUGCUGCUGAUGACAUUAGGAUCCCUAAACACAAUAGUUAAUCUCAUGUUAAUUAGGGAAUAGAUGACCCAUCAGCUUUCCUCCACAUGCUGUGCCAUAAGUACAUUAGGUUGGAGCCAUGAGGACCACUUCAAGAAUGGCUAAUUGUAAAUGUGCCUUUCGAAGUUGAUGGAUCCCA